AUGGCAAGCACCGCAGCCCUUCUAUUAUCGAGCGCUGCUCUUGCCCAUGGUUACACGUUCACUACCAGCUCCGUCCCCAAAGUUGGCUACACCACCGUCAAACCAGGCGGCACGUAUGCCCCAGUCACCGUUACAUCGCAGUAUCAGCCAAUACCUACAUAUAUCUCUUCGGCAUCAAGUUACGACACCUACCUGUAUGUUUCAACUGUUAUAGCCGAUGCCAACAGUAAGAACAUCACGGUGACAAAUACCGACCAACCCAUCACCUUCCACCACGAAAGGUAUACCAUCACGCACACCGGACCCGAGGACUCCAGCGCUUCCACAGGUCUUCCUCAUCCAUCUGGUAGCGGGCAUUAUCCAUACCUCCCAAAUGCUACCGUCGUUCACCAACCGCACACCUGGACAGAGCUAUACGAAAAAAUCGAUCAAGCACCAUAUCGCGAUCUCGGUCCAUCCGCUUUGCCCGCUUACUCUGGCUCCGGACUGUGCAGCAAGUGCCGUGGAGAAGGUAGCAUUAUUUAUCAGCCCGCACGAGUCAGCGAAUACAGUAACAACCAAUGGACAAAGUACAACACGACCUACACAUAUGGCCUCCCAGUACCCUCCGUAACAACCUACAAACAACCUGGAACAUACACGAUCCCAAAAUACGACGUAACAGUAGAACAACCGUCCACCGUCCCCGCCGAAGCUAGCUACACAGCUCUCCCCAGCAAAACCGUAACAUACGGAGGAUCUCUCACUGAAGUAACAGAGCCAUGCACCAUCACCGCCCACUACGGCGCAUACUCUGUAGCUACAUCGUCUGGCAAACCAACGACAAAAACUAUCAUCCGAACAACGACAAUUGUCGCGGGGAAACCGGGAACUUAUACCAUUGCGACACCGACGACUACAUGGUACUCCACCAAGGAAAUCUGCACGUAUCCAACAAUCAGCGUAUACCGCCCCGGAGUAUACGAGCACACACGCGAAACCGUCACUAUCACGAAGACCAGCGAAGCUUACACAUGCCGGUACCACAGCAGUUCGAUGUACCCCCCAAGCUCCUCGUACGCUACCCUAUCUAAACCAAUCCAAUCCACUAACAGCAUGGCUUCCUCGGUCGAGGCAACUUCAACACCAUCGCAUGCUACAAACGAACCUACCAUUCCUUCUUCUGAAGCCCAGUAUACUUCUCCGUCUUCAUCUUCAUCUUUCACUUCUUCCCCUCCACCGUCGUAUAUCCAGACAAUGCCGCCCCAUACGAAUUCUACUUCGUCGACACCGUGUCCAUCUUCCACCUCCAAAACAUCGCAUCUUUCUUCUGGAAGUCCAUCCAAACCAAGCUCCACCCCGUCAUCGUCCACGACAACACCGGAUAACCCUGAUCCAUCAUCUGACCACUACGAAGAGCCGAUGGAAAGCUACGGAACUGCUUCUUCGGGCGGGUAUGUGAGACGUGGUGGGGUGCUUGAGCGCAGGAAUGUUGGAGGCAAUAAAAACGCAAAGGCUGGGGCCGGGGUUGGGGCUGCGGGACGGAAGAGGGUUAUUUUUGUUUAGGGGGUGAGGGAAAGGAGGGGAAGUGUUGCGUGGUUUUUCUUCUUCUAAUAAUACUCGUAUCUAAUGAUUGAGAGAUGGGUUUGGGGUUAUAUAAUUUAUGGUAUCU